AUGGCGCCCAACAAAACCACCCAAGUGAAUCUGCGGGUGAACUUGAAGCAAGUGCGGAUCGAGAAUAGCUCCCCAGCGGCGCCGCUGGGCAUGGUGGGGGGUGGUGGCGGCGGUGGCAACUUGAAGGGAUUGCGGGGCCUAGAAACAGAGAGUGAGGCAACGGCGGCCAUGGCGCUAGUGCCGAGCAAAGAAGGUGGAGAUGAAGAGCAGGAGGUUGGGUUCACUAUCGAUAUCAAAAGCUUUCUUAAACCUGGCGAGAAGAGCUACACGCAGCGCUGCCGGCUGUUCGUGGGGAAUCUGCCUACUGAUAUCACCGAGGAAGAUUUCAAGCGCCUUUUCGAGCGCUACGGGGAGCCUAGCGAGGUCUUCAUCAACCGGGACCGUGGCUUUGGCUUCAUUCGCCUGGAAUCUAGGACACUGGCUGAAAUAGCAAAGGCAGAACUUGAUGGUACUAUUUUGAAGAGCAGACCGCUUCGAAUUCGAUUUGCUACACAUGGAGCUGCCCUAACUGUCAAGAAUCUUUCACCUGUGGUUUCUAAUGAGCUGCUGGAACAAGCAUUCUCUCAAUUUGGGCCAGUGGAAAGAGCUGUUGUUGUAGUAGAUGAUCGCGGCAGAGCUACAGGAAAAGGUUUCGUAGAGUUUGCAGCAAAACCUCCAGCACGGAAAGCUCUAGAAAGAUGCAGUGAUGGGGCAUUCUUGCUAACAACAACACCUCGACCUGUUGUUGUAGAACCAAUGGAGCAAUUUGAUGAUGAAGAUGGGCUCCCAGAGAAGCUAAUGCAGAAAACACAACAGUAUCACAACCCCUUAACUGUUCAUAAAUUUGAGUAUGCUUCACGGUGGAAGGCUCUUGAUGAGAUGGAAAAGCAACAGCGUGAACAGGUUGACAGGAACAUUAGAGAAGCCAAAGAGAAACUAGAGGCAGAAAUGGAAGCAGCUAGACAUGAGCAUCAGCUAAUGCUGAUGAGGCAAGAUCUCAUGCGACGUCAAGAGGAAUUGAGACGUUUGGAAGAACUUCGAAAUCAAGAACUUCAAAAACGCAAGCAGAUACAAUUGAGACAUGAAGAAGAACAUCGACGUCGUGAAGAAGAGAUGCUACGCCAGAGGGAGCAGGAAGAAUUACGACGACAGCAGGAAGGAGGAUUUAAGCCAAAUUUCAUGGACAAUAGAGAACAGGAAUUGAGAAUGGGUGAUAUGGGUCCUCGUGGAGCAAUAAACAUGGGAGAUGCGUUUAGCCCAGCACCUGCUGGUAACCAAGGCCCUCCUCCAAUGAUGGGUAUGAAUAUGAACAACAGAGGAACUUUACCUGGCCCUGCAAUGGGUCCUGGUCCUUCCAUGGGACCAGAAGGAGCUGCAAAUAUGGGAACACCAAUGAUGCCAGAUAAUGGAACAGUGCAUAAUGAGAGAUUCCCUCAAGGAGGUCCAUCACAGAUGGGUUCACCUCUGGUUAGUAGAACGGGCUCUGAAACUCCUCAGCCGCCAAUGAGUGGUGUAGGUGCCGUGAGUGGUGGACCUGGUGGCUUUGGUAGAGGAAACCCAGGGGGCAACUUUGAAGGACCUAACAAGCGUCGCAGAUACUAAAACUUAUUUCAUUCCUUACUGUUUAGAAAUUCCAGUAAAACUAUACAGUGAUAUGCCUUUAUAAUUUUAGCUGUUACCUGGAAACGGUUUUAUUGUUAUUGUAGUCUUUAAAACAGUUUCUUUUGUAAAACUUUUUUUGUAUUCAGUCAUAGGCUUUGUAGUUUAGAGAAGAAAUGAUGCGGAUCAUUAUGUAAGGCAAUGUGUUUGUGACUAGCAAAAUACAAUGUGUGACUAUGCUGUAAAAUGUGCAGUUAUCUGAUUACAAUAAAAUAUAAAAAUCACUUUAAAGGA